CAAUAGAAUUAUUUGUUGCUUCAUCAAACUACAUGAAAAGGAAGGACAAAGAAAGUGAUAACACAAUGGCUGAUUCCUCCGAGGUGGAGUUGCAGAGGAGCAACGAUUGCUCUUUUGUUUGGGAUCCUCAAACUCGUCUCUACUUCCAUGCCAGUAGUGGAUUUUACCAUGAUCCUGAUGCUGGAUGGUACUAUAGCAGUAGGGAUGGUCUCUAUUACACAUUUGAGAAUGGUAAUUAUGUGCUCUUGGACAAGGAAGGAGCUAUGGCUGGUGAUUCUGUUUUAAAUGAGCCAGAUGCCACUGCGUCUAAUGGUCCCGAGUAUCACUCUUCAUCUCAGGGCAAUGAAGUAGAUCCUCACAAUACUACCAUCAAUAUUGCUGAUGAAUCUACUGCUGCAGAUUUGAUGGAGUACACCGGUAUUCAAGGGUCUGAACACCCACCACCACCAUCAGAAUGGUUAGAAGACACACUCAUUGACCUUUAUCUUUCUGGGUAUAACUUACCUGUCGAUUCUGCUGCUGAUGCAAAUACUUCUUUGGAAACAGACGACAACGAGAAGUUUACAUUUCCUUCUGAUGGAAAUGAUGAAAUGUACGAAUUGGAAGAGGGUGAAUGGAUCCCUGAGGAAAACCAUGGUUUUGCUGAUUCAAGUGAAGUUGUUCCAUAUGAAGGUGAUACAUGGGAUGAAGAAAACUGGCGAGCCCAAUACGGUCAAGUCACACAUUGCGAAGAAGAGCCCGUGCCAGAAUUCCCAGUUGUCGAGUUAUGGGACUGGAGUAUGGUGACAAGACCAAAACAAGAUGGAAAAAAUCAGGUGGCCAGACUGAUAGGUCGGCUGGUAAAACCGUCAGCUAAAGUUCACCCUUCUGUGCCUUCUGGUGGCGGUUUAUUGAAAACUGCUCCUAUAUGUGAAGUUCAUCUUGAUCUGGUACGAGUUAGAACAGGACAAGUGUACAGAUUGCGAACUCCAAGUCCAAGGUACUUGGCUUCCUUGUCAACAUAUGAUUCUUCUGUUCCAACAAAAGACUGGGGCUUCCCUGAUUUAUUAGUCAAUAAGAAAGCUUCCCUCCAGUUUAAAUCGAGACAAAAACAUAAAUCAGAAGUAACUGAAGAGAAAGGCUUCAAAGAUUUUUCUAUAUUGUCAGAUCAGCCCUCUACAUCUUUGAAGGGAAGCCAUGUAUAUCGGGAUAGAGCUGCUGAGAGAAGAACCUUGCACGGUGGCUUUGGUCUGGGUCCAGGGCAAAAAAGUGUUGCAACUGAACAUGACAGUGAUCCUACUUGUUUAGAAGAUGCCAAAUCUGAAGCCUUGAACAAGUCGUUUGGGGAAGGUAGUUAUGCCAGACGGAUUCUAGAAGGCAUGGGUUGGAAGGAGGGGGAGGCUCUUGGUAGCACCACAAAGGGCUUGACAGAACCAUUACAGCUGAUCGGGAACAUUGGUAAUGCGGGAUUAGGAUGGCCUCAAACAAGGCACCACUGAGAUUGCUAGCCACUGUCAGCUUUCUAAUCUUUGAUUAUUAUUUUUGGUCUUGGGUCUGUGGGGAUAGAUAUGGUGUAGUUCCUAAAAAUCCUUGUGCGGUCACUGUCAGUAAAGGCACCAUGACCAAAAUCUUCAAAAAUGGAAGAACGUCAUAAAGCGUUGAAAAAUCCAAUAUCCUUUAUCUGCUGAGUACAUAAA